AUGAGUAAUCAAUACAUCAAUGAGCCGAUCACGAGUGGAAAGGUGAGAGAAAUCGUUAAGGUUUGCAGAGAAAUGCAUUGUUUUUAGGUAACCCUCGAGACGACGGCGGGAGACAUUGAAAUCGAGUUGUGGACGAAAGAAGCGCCGCUCGCGUGCCGGAAUUUCAUUCAAUUAUGCAUGGAGAACUACUACAAAGGAUGCGUUUUUCAUCGACUCGUCAAAAGUAACACUUUCCGGAUUCGCUGGCAUUUCUUCUGGCAAAAGGCCGGCACAGGCUUUUUGAAGGCCUGCCGAGUCCUGGAUUUUUGCACUACUUGCAUAGAUCAGAUCGGGAUCAAACUUUGCAGGCCUCUUGGACAUGGGUUAAUGUAUGUUGGGACCAAGUUUCAGACCGAUCGGAUCAUCUGGUCCCGAGAUAUAUGGAUCAUCAGCCGCAAGCCCCGGAUCCACUUAUCUCGAGACCAGAUGAUCCGAUCGGUCUGAAACUUGGUCCCAAUGGACUUUAACCCAAGUCCAAGAGGCCUGCAAAGUUUGGUCCCGAUCUGAUCAUUGCAAGUGGGUCAAAAGUGCGGCCAAUUGCCCAUUCCUAUGCAAAACAAACGUUUUUUUUUGCAGAUUUUAUCCUGCAAGGAGGCGAUCCGACUGGCACCGGAACUAGCGGAGAGAGCAUUUAUGGGAAGCCGUUCAAGGUUCGACUCAUUUCAGACUGUUCCCCGGGUUUUAAUUUGUCAAAAGUUGAGUUUAGGAUGAACUGCACCAACGUCUCAAGUUCAACCGGCGCGGCAUCGUCGGAAUGGCGAACGCGGGCCGCGACGACAACGGAUCGCAGUUCUUUUUCACGAUCGGAGACCGCGGCGCGCCGGAACUCGACCGCAAACACACAGUAUUCGGAAAGAUCACCGGGCCCACUCUGUUCAACAUGCUCAAAAUGACCGAGGUGGAGACGGAAGGAGACCGCCCGGUCACUCUCUAUAAGAUCACGGGCGCACGCAUCGACAACAAUCCGUUCGAGGAUAUCAAACCGAGAGAGAAAAAGAAGAAGGAGAAGGGAGAGAAGAAGAAGGAGCAGAGGGUCGUCGAGACGAAGAAGACGAACCUGCUCUCGUUUGGAGACGAAGCCGACGAGGAUGAGGAACAGUUGACCAUCUUCAAUAAGGUAGUGUACAGGGCCCAAACUUUGCAGGCUUCUUAAACUUGGAUUAAAGUAUUUUGGGUCCAAGUUUAAGACCGAUUCGAUAAUUUACUCUCGAGAUCAGAAGGAUCAGAUGCCGAAAAGACCGCAAUUUUGCAAGCAAUAUCUCUACGGACCAUAUGAUCCGAUCGGUCUGAAACUUGGACUCUAGAUACUUUAAUACAAGUCCAAUGGACGGUAUUUACGGUACGCAUUCCAAUCCUUGCAGAAAACGGCGCACAAGCCAAAGUCGGCGCACGACGUGCACGACAACGACUCGAUCGGAUUGUCGAAGCAGGCGGCGGUGACGCGCGACGAAAUGAGCAACUACUGUCCAGAGGACGAGGACGCCGUUAAGGACACCACGUCGGUGUCGUCGAUCCGAGAGAAACUGCUCAAGAAGAGCCAGAAACGAAAGGUCCCGCUCCGAUCUUGGUCCCUUGAAAAAAGUUGCUGUUUGUAGAUGGAAGACGGACCGAAAGCGGGCGAAGAUGAGGACUACGAACAGCUGAUUGCGGACGAGAAACGGGCGAAGGAGCAGAAUGAAAUGUGGGUGGAAUAGGUGGAAUGCAGACAACGAACACGCAUUUUCAGUGAUAAAAUGAAUUCGGAGCUGAAAGAGAUGCAGAAAGAGUACAUAAAGGCGUUGCGGCCGGUCAAGGAGAAGAAGAAGAAGGUUAAAGGUACGGAACGUUCUGGAAGAUUUUGAGGGUUUUCGGGGCUUGAGAAAAAAAUGUGGUUUGUUUUAGGGGAUCUCUCCCUUUUCGCAACUUUCAGUACGAUUCCCAACUUGCCGUUUUGCAACCAAUUCCGCAACUGGCUUAAAAGCAUUAAAAGUACUAUCGGGCCCGAUAAUGUAGAAAAUGCUACGUUUUUGAAGUUUUGGACUGCAUCGAAUGUGCCAAAAGCUUUAAAACGAUGAAAAAUUUUGUCAAUUUUGCAGACGAGACGCUGUCGGAAGCGAUGCAAUCGUAUCAAGAGCUGAAGAUGAAGUUCAAGUCGAAGACGAAGAAUGUGGUGAAGCAGAAGGACGCGCAACGCGAAGGACAGACGAUGCAAAUGCUCGAGCGGUUCAAGAAACGGCUCGGCGCCUCCAAUCAGGAGGCCAUCCUGUUCGACCGCAAAAUUCAGGUAUCGAAACUAUUAUUCCGGUGUUUUUCUCGUAAAAACCCGAUUUUUGUGCUAACAAGUCUCGCUGAUCUUCCGCACGGUUUCCAUCAAAAUGUGAUGAAUUCGAGCGCCAGUUCAAAAACGAGUCUCUAAAACACUCUAAAUAAGCUCCUCUAGAAGCAAAAAAAACUGAUGAAAUUCGUGUCGAGACUUCAAUUGUUUUAGGUGAAAGAAGAAGAGCCGAAACGAGUGGAAGAUGGAGAAGAAGCGGCUGAGGGAGAGGAGAAAAAGUUUGGAAUGGACUUGGACGCCGAGGAUAUUCAGGGCACUUCGUGGUUUGAAAACGGGAAUCAAUCUGGAAAUAUGCUCUUUCUUUUGCAGGAUGUCCCACCGUUUCAAAGCAGAAGACGUGGUGCUGUCGUCGCGGGCAAAGGACGCGAACUUGCGCGAGGAGAGCGAGGACUGGUACCACAUCACCGAUCCGCGCAACAAAAUGGCCAAGAGACGGCGUGGCGAACAAUGA